AAUCGAGUAAAUAAUCGAUGUUAUUCGGGAAGAAUCGUUACAAAAUAUUGCUAAACACAAAUCUCUGCUCUGCUCGCUCUGCUCAUUGGCAUUGCCCUGUGCGUUGUUUCUAAAAUUACAUUAAAAUUUAUUUUGAUUUUAAAAACCUCUAACCUUUAUUAUAAUCCAUAAUAAAUAAUAUAUAAUAGACUUAAUAACAUUCCAAAUUCUUUGAAUCUAUGAUUGUAACUGAAAUUCAUAUUUUUUACUACUUGUUAUCGUCACCUAAUUCAAAUCAAUGAUAAAAAUGACAACAGUACGAUACUACUUUUAUCUAUGAUAUCAGAAGCUUUUGCAACAGUCUGUCUUCAAGGGACUUAAGUUUUCAUUAUACUAGUGAGAUUUUCCAUGAUUCAUCAUGAAUCAAUACCAAGCAGAAAGAAGACUUUGUUGGAGCUACGGACUACUUGCAGUCUUUCUUGCCGUUUCUGUGGUUUGUAUUGCAAUACCAUAUAACCACUGGCGAGCAACCCUCGACGUUUGCCCAGGAAGUUGGCUUGAAAAUACGAAUUGUGGGUGUAUCUUCUUUGGUGUGAGCACAUUCCAGUCUUUCAAUGGAGGCCAUAAUUCAUAUUGCUUAUAUGCCAUAUUUGCACCAUUGCCUAUUUUGGUAUAUGCACUUGUUAUGGCUCUUUUUCAUAUGUACCGAGUGUGCAUAAAUAAUAUAGGACAGUAUGAAGACGAAAAGUCCACAGCUAUGGAAGAAAUUGAAGGUGAAGCUAUUGUUAUAACUACAAGGACACGAGUUACCAAGAAAAAUGAUGCAGUAAUAUAUUGUUGGAUCCCAACAUCUUGCAUUGCAGCAGUCUUUUGUAUCUAUAACCUGGUGCAUGCUGCUAUUAUAACAAAUGGCUUUCUGAAGAUUUGUUCACAGUAUCGAGGAUACUUAGCAAGGGAACUCCAUGCCUCUGGGGAUCAUGUCUCAGUUAUUCAUUUCCGUCUAUCAUGUCAAGCUAUUUUCGACUUUAUGGACUAUUUGCAGAAAAAUGCACCAAACAGUCGCCGAGGGGAAUUUAUUAACACUGGUGUGGCACUGCAACUUGCACUUAUAACUUCGUGGUUAGCUGUGGGAUUGUGGAUAUGGGUCAUUGUCAUUACUGCAAUGAGGGCAUAUAAGGAAAGAAGUGUACUGACAUGCUGUGGCAACUAAAGAAACAGAUUCAUAUUUUAGCUAUAAUACAUUAUGUUUAAGGAAUAUUGCACAAUA